AUGGACACAGCAGCGGUGGCGACUCUUCUGGCUCUGGUUCUGGCGUUGGCUGGAGUCAAUAAAGCUUUUCACAUCCAAGGCAGCGUGGACAACAACGACGUCCUGCCGAGCUCAGAGGAGAGCGUGGUCGACCAUCUGCUGGGGCUGGAGAGUGAAAACACAGAUAACAGCAUUGACGAACGCCUGCUGACCGCCGUGCUAAGAGCUCUGCUGCUCGGAUACCAGAGGGAAACCAGGACCUCCGUCCUCCAUCAGCCACAGAGAUUUGGCCGUGGCUCCAGAGGGCAGGUCACAUCAGAGGAUCAGGUUCAGUCCCGUGACUGGGAAGCUGCCCCGGGUCAGAUCUGGAGCAUGGCUGUUCCCCAGAGAUUCGGCAAGAAGUAA